CCGUUGGCAAAAAACGCUCAAUCAUCAAGCGAGGUGCAUUUUCCUGCUGUUCCUACGGUUAUUAUGACCGAAUGGCGUAUUUUCUCGAUAAUUUCCUCCUCUAAGUAAUUUAAUCUUUAAUUUUCCAGUGUAGUUUUUAAAUUUAUCAAAUCUCCACCAUGAUUAUCACAGUUAAAAAUUUACAGCAACAGGUUUUUACCGUGGACAUAGACGCAUCCCAAACGGUGAAGCAGCUAAAAGCUAAAAUUGAAGCUGAAAUAGGAAAAGAUUAUCCGGCAGACAACCAAAGGCUUAUCUAUGCAGGUAAAAUUUUGACAGAUGAAUCCGCAAUUAGUGAAUAUAACAUUGAUGAAACUAAAUUCAUCGUGGUAAUGGUAUCAAAAGCAAAACCAAGCACCACUCCGAGCACUGGCAGUGAAUCCAGUGCGUCUGCUACAACCACAACAACCACUGCUUCUCAGGGAGACUCAGCGACUACCACUACUACUUCAACUCCUGCACUGGCCAGUGAGGAAACAGCUGCUCGCACGGCUCCGUCAAAUAUAUCUGAUGCAGAGUCAACAUUAUUGAUGGGUGAGGAAUAUAACGCUAUGGUUCAAAAUAUUGUUGAUAUGGGCUAUGGAAGAGACCAGGUUCAAGCAGCUUUACAUGCAAGUUAUAAUAACCCAGAUAGGGCAGUUGAGUAUUUGCUCACGGGGAUCCCCCCUACAACGGAUGAUCCUGUUGCCUCAUCGCCCAAUUCCCCUGGCCACGGAGCAGAUGAAGGAGAAGAGCCCCUAGCAUUUUUAAGAUCACAGCCGCAGUUUCAGCAAAUGCGCAAUGUCGUUCAACAAAACCCAGAGCUGCUAAACGCAGUCCUCCAGCAGAUAGGUCAAACCAAUCCUGCGCUUCUGCACCUCAUCUCUCAAAACCAAGAAGCCUUCGUGCGGAUGCUGAACGAGCAGGCGCCGGCUAGUGGUGGCGGAGGAGGCGGUAACACGGGCAGUGGCGCUGUUCCGGCUGGUCUCACUGGUGGUGCCACGGCACCUGCAAACACCGUUCCCAUUACACCUCAAGAUAAGGAAGCAAUCGAGAGACUUAAGGCUUUGGGUUUUCCAGAAGACCUUGUAAUUCAAGCAUAUUUUGCUUGUGAAAAGAACGAAAACUUAGCAGCCAAUUUCUUACUAUCGCAGAGUCUUGACGACUAAGACUGACCUAGGUGCCCAAUUUUUAUCUUGUUUAAUAUUUGGUUUCCAUCCGCUGAAUGUUCUGUUGACUAAUGCUCUUUAAUCCUUCAUUCUCUCCUUUGCCACUUCAAAUUUCGAGUUGUUUGUAUGAUAACGCCACAUUAAAAAAAUUUAUAUGAUGAUCGGAUUUCUACCUUAAUAGCUUGGGCAUCAAUAUUUUAACUAACCAAAGAGCACAUAAAAAAAAUUUGUUUCAUGGCUUACUUUUAGAAAUGUUAUUCCAUCUAGUAUCAAAAACAAAAUACAUUGCUCAUCAAAGAAGCAUGUGUAAGGGAAGUAAUGUGUCUUUAUCAAAAAGCAGAAACAUAUCACUUUUCUCUAAAAACUUAUCAACAUAUUUGCCUGCGUUUCUCAGCACACAACACAAGUUAAACAAAAAAUGAGUCCAUUUUAUCUCAUUAUUCUACUAUCUUUUUAAAAAAAUUUCUCGUAAGAAAAACGAACACAGUUUCAUGCUCCAGAACAUGUAUGAUGAAAGCCAUUUUUGUCGGCUAUUCAAUUACUGUAUUAGACCAUGUUUCAAAUUUCUUUAGCCCUUGAGACUUAAAAAUUGCAUUCUCCUUAGCCCUCAUAUGUAACCUCAUGGGUGUUUUUUUGCCCGAGAAGAUUUUCCAUAGAGAAAUUCAAGAAAAAUUUUGAGAACCAAAAGAAGAGAAAAUUUUAAAGUCAGAGCAUAGUUGAAGCUCUGGAAAGGUGAAAAUGCAAACUUUUAGGUCUUUAUUAUCAUGAAUACAGUUCUUUAUCUGAACGAUAUUUAUCUACUUUAUUUAUCAAAUUAUCAUCUUGUAAGUUUAUAUUCUCAUAAGGCAAGGGAGAGUAUUCCCAUGCCAGUGAAAUCUAAGGUAGGUAGAACAAAGAAGAAAUCCAGCCAUCAUCAGGGAUGAUUUCAAUCGUUCUUAAACUUUGUUGAGUAUGGUUGUACUUUAAGAAAACUUUUUCAGUUUUCAAAGAGAAAAAAAAUAAGAAUUCACUCUCACGCGUUAGGAAAGUCUGACCAUGGUGUCCCUUUAUUCUACUUGCCUUUGUUGUCACUGCUCUUUUUCGCAACUAAGAAGCUUGAUAACGGUUUGGAAUCCAUGAUGAAAAUUGGGAUAAAAAAUUUGAUAUUGAUUAUGAGGAACCAUAAAAUUGUUAUUGUAAAAAAGUAAGGUAAUGAAAUCAGGGAGCAUUCUCUUGCUGGUUUAUUUUUUGUACAGUCACUUAUCAAAAGUGAAUUUGGUUGUUCAGUUUCUUUAAGAGUUAUUCUUUCUUUAUAAGCAGGCGAAAAUCUUAUCGAUACUCCAGUUCAGCUGAAAAUGUUAUUUUAUGCAGUUUUUGCAUAAAACUGUUAAUAUUCAUGAUUGUCACCUGUUUUUGUUUCAUCCUUAACCCUCAUUGAAGUUUAAAUCCUCCCAUUUUACUUAAAUCCCCCACCCUUUAUUUUUCUCUCUGCCUUGCAUCCGAUUGAUUCGUCUUUAAAAUAUGCACACUCUAUUCAUCAUUAUUUCUUUGCAGAUUUUUCGCUCCAUUUUAUUUUUGGUUUGACUAUUGUAACAUUAGGUAUAAGCUUACCAUUUUGGGUUAAUAAACUGUAAUAUAUUCUGAAA